CGUUUCAUUAUCUUCUUUAAUCCGUCUUAUACACUCCUGAUUCGAAGCGCCUCCGUGUCUAUAAGAACAGUUUGCUUGCCUAGACUUCUCUCCCUGUCACUCUCUCUCUCUCUCUCUCUCUCUCUCUCUCUCUCUCUCUCUCUCUCUCUCUCUCUCCCUCUAAAGUUGCGUAACUUCCGAGGAGAAGAAUAUCGGCAGUGAAUGAUGACGACAAAGAGAGAGGCAUGGCUGUCUCUCGAACGCACUGCUGAGGCCGCGGCGAUCGGCGGUCGGAAAUGUUGAUGCUAAAUAAAACUCCUAGCUGCUUGGGACGCUGCCAUGCGCUCUAAUUUCCGCAAAGGCACGGCCGACUGUGGACGUGGUAGCCCGGGAUCUGCCACGUCCGAGACGGCGUACUCGAUAGUUCUUCAAGAUUCUCAAGAUCACUCGUGUUCUUUUGAUCACGAGUUUUCGGAGAGAGAGAAAGAGAGAGGGAGAGAGACAGAAUCAGAGACAUAGACAGAGAGAGAGAGAGAGAGAGAGAGAGAGAGAGAGAGGGAGGAAGAGGAAGAAAAAGAAGGGAGGAGAGGAAGGAGUAUAAGAAGUAAAUCUAUUCGAACAUCACCGAAUUAGUGCUCGCUUAUUAAUUUUCUUUUCACAUGUGAACCCUGCCAUAUCAUGGCUCUCGCCCUUCUGGGCAUUAUUCGUUGGGCGCUUAUACUACUUCUUUAUAACUGUUCCUACGCCUUCAGGAUACGUGAUGGAAGUGUCGUUCAUCCAUUUUCUUCGUCGAUCGUUGAGCACUCACAACGUGCCACCUGUGUUGGUUCCAAGUUCGGUAAGUGCCCAGAGAGAACGAUGACGACGAGCAACGCAGUGACGCCUUCGCCACGAAGAUGGCACGGGGCCAUGUCUUCGCAGGUUCCUCCGAUUGGUCGAAAACCACCUGUCGAAACGGUCUCGUCUACCAUCGAGGAGGACGCGAGUACUCAGAAAAUUGGAUCAAGGUUGUUGGGUAAUCAAUUUGCCGAUAAAUCAUCAGCUGGAUUUUCGCUUAGAAAGAAAGAGAGUACUAUUAAUGAUAAAGAUGAUUAUGAUGAUAAUGGUGAAAACCAAAGCGAGGAAAGAAAGAACGUUGAAGAUAAUAAUAAUGGCAAUGAUGUUGAUGACGACGACGACGAUGAUGAUGAUGAUGAUGAUGAUGAUGAUGAUGAUGAUGUUAUAGUGGAAGAUGAGGAGGAAGAGAUACAAGCCGAAGAUGAGGAAGACGAAAGUGUAGAGCUGAGGAAAGCUGACAAAAGCGAAGACUAUGAAAAGAAACAGGAAGAAGUCGAAAAAUUCAAAAGUAUCGAACGGAAGGAAACGGAACGAGAAGCAGAAGUAAAAGACAAGGAAAAAGAUUACAGUAGCAUGAACGUUCUUGGUUGGAGUUUCAAGUUGGGUGCAGGUAGUAUUUCAAAAAGUACAACUACUAAAGAUACCAAAGAAGUAAAAUAUAGAAAGGAUGUUGUUGAAGAUGAAGAUAAAGAAAAGAAAAAAAGCACUAUUGUAAAGGAAAAAGAGGAUAAAAAAGAUAUUAAAGGUGAUGUAAAAAUUGAAGGAGAAAGCUCCAUUCUAUUGAAACAACAAAAGAAAUCUCAAAAAAAGGAUUCGGAAUAUGUUGCACGUGAAACGGACGAUAGCAAGGAUGAUGAUGAUGACGACGACGAGGAUGAGAACGAUAAUGAUAAUGAAAUUCAAGAUAAAUUAAAAGUGUCUACUCCAACUAGGAAAAAGUUAGAGAAAAUGAGAUAUGCCGAUAAAGACAAAGUUAAAUCGGUAGAAGAUACUGAUAGUAAAUCGAUAGAGAAAGUCAAAGUGGAAGCGAAAAUCCCAACUGAAAAAGUGAAAAAUGAAGUGCAACAGAUUACGGAGGAAUCUAAAAAGAUAAUAACUACUAAACCGACCAAAUCUGAAUUAGACGAAGAAAAGGAAACGAAGAAGGCAAAAUCUGCUAAAGUAACGAAAAUUAAAAUAGAAGAAGAGAAGAAAGUAAAGAAGAGUGAAAGUAUUGAGCCAGUCAAAUGUGAAUUGGACGAAGAUAAAAAAGCGAAGAAAGUAGAAACUAUUAAAUCAACAAAAACUGAACCUGGAUCAUCGAAAUCUUCUUUGAAAUCGGAAGAAAAACGAAAACCUACUGCAAAAACGAUAACUCCAAAAGCUACAACGAAAUCCAAGGACGAAGUAGAAAAAUCCAUUAAACGAAAAGUAAAAAGAGAAAUACCACAAACGGCGAGAAACGAGACGAAAUCGAAAACGAAGGAACAUAGAGACGCAACGAAAAAUUUAGCCGAUUUAAAUGACAAGAUAUUACAUGUACCAAGCUUUGUACCCAAUUUUACCGCCGUUGAGGACGCAAACUGUCAACAGCAUGGCAAGAUAUUUCUACGUCAACUGAGGGGUUAUAAAUUGUGGGCUCUUCAAAUGUUGGAUUCCAAUGCAAAGAUCCCGUCUGGUCUCUUGCGUGGAAACGUUAAUCAACUUGGUGAUUUCGAUCAAUGUUUAGGCAUAACGUCGCACGUUAAGAUGGGUAAUAACACGAUAAAGAUUCAAGGAAAAUAUUGUUUGGCAACCAUAGAUUUACAUGCCGUAAGACCGGAUAUGAAACUACCGGUUAAUCUAAUGCAAGCUCGUACAUUUAUUAAAGGAAAUAUGCGUUAUCCGGAACAUAUCAUACCAAGAUUCACUACAGUGAAUUGGGCGUUGUGCCUUCCAGCAGCAUGUACGGCGAAGGAUGCAGAAAUUACUUUGAUGGACGCAUUGAGUUAUUACAAUUCAACUUCUGGAAUUAGAUUUAUGGUGGACGUCAAUCCAGACAUGUGUUAUAUGAAGCAAAGGUCACGAAAUUAUUCGAAAGAAACGAUCGGUGUCCUAUACUUCUAUGCAGCAGUUAUUUGCCUAGUCAUCAUAGCUACUAUCAGAGAUUAUUUGAUAAUCUCAGAAGGAAAAGGGAAUUAUUCUGAAAGAAUAAUAAUGGCAUUUUCCUUGCGAAGAACAGUUAAAUAUUUGUUUAAAGAAAUCAAAUCUAGUAGCAAAGAUAUUACAUGCAUUCACGGAUUAAGAUCUGUAUUUAUGAUACUUAUUUAUUUUGGUCAUCUAAUAAUACCAUAUUCACGGAUACCAUAUGCUAAUCGGAUCGUUAUCACAGAGAUUACAAAUAAUCCCAUCAGUUGUGUUCUGAGAGUUGGUUCACUUUAUACGGAUUCCUUCUUACUUUUGAGCGGAUUGUUAACGGCUUAUAACAUGGUGAAGGAAUUAACAUCCCGUGGAGAGAUUCGUUGGUUUUGUCGUCUUAUCGUUAGAUUAAUCAGACUGACACCUGCCUUAAUCGUGGUAAUAUUUUGGUAUGCUUUCGUGAUGGAGCAUAUCGGAUCGGGGCCGCAAUGGAACAGUAUUAUCGUAAAUAAUGCGGAACUUUGUAAAAAAAAUGCAUGGAUCAAUUUACUUUACAUUCAGAAUUUCUUUCCGUUUGAAGAAAUGUGUGCACCACAUACAUAUCAGCUAGCAUUAGACAUGCAAUUAUCAUUGUUAGCACCAAUUUUAGUAUUUUUUCUUCAUUGUAAACCAAUUAUCGGUAUCAUUGUAUUAUUCUUCCUUAUUCAAGUCUCGGCUACGCUUCGUUACAUAGCCACGAUAAACAAUAAUCUAUCUAUCGUUAUCUUUCACGGAAUGUCAGUAAAACAACUUUAUAAAGUUGCUAACUUUAGUUACAUUUUACCAUUACAUAGAAUUACUCCUUACGUCUGUGGCGUUGGACUUGGCGUGUUAUUGCAUUAUACAGGAAAAAACGUAAAGAUUCACAAGGUGUUCGUGAUCUUGGGAUGGUUCAUCGCGAUGUCCUUUGGAACAUGGUCGUUAUUUUCUCCUUGGCGUUUAGCCAAAAGGGACUAUGUGUACGAUGUUGAGGAAGCUAGUCAUUACACUGUGAUCAGUCCAAUCCCGUGGGCUUUAGCUUUAUGCUGGACGAUUUUUGCAUGCUUUACUGAUCACGGAGGAAUCAUAAAUAGAUUUCUAUCGAACUAUUGGUUGGUAAUAUUCAGUAGAAUAUCUUAUGCGAUUUAUUUAACACAAUUCGCUGUAUUUUUCUACAAUAUUGGGACCACGAGAUAUACGACAGAAUUUCAUCUUACUAGAAUUGAUUUCUUGGAGAUAAUCGUAGUGAUAUGCGUGUCGAUCGUAAUAACAUUAUUGUUCGAUCUUCCGAUGCAGGAAGUAAAAAACGUCAUAAUGGAAUGUACAGAUAGUUUAUCCAUCGACAUAUCUAAAGAAAAACUAAUGACGGAUGAAACGAAAGAAACAAAAUCAAAGGAAUCCAUUAAAAAGAUAGGCAACGGAGCAAAAGUAUUCGAGGAUGACGAAGUAAACUCGACGGGAUUGUAUUGGCAAAAAGACAUAAUCGAUGCCGAUACAAAAUCACAAAACGAGAUUCUAGAAGACGAGAAGAUAGUAAAUAUAUCGCGUUUAAAGAAGUUGGAAGAGAAAAGAAAAUCAUUUAUGGGACAUAAUGACAAGGAGAAACACAUAGAAUGGGAAAGGAUAAAUAAAAGAAUACCACCGUACACGUUUGACUCUGAGGAAGAAGCUAUGGAAUAUUUCAGAAGUCAAAAGGAAGAAGAAAUGAGAAGAAAUAGACGUUCGCUUUCCAAAACGAAAGAAAUCAAAAGAUCAAUGCCAAUCGAAACUGAAGACGAUUAUAUAAGACGAAGAAAUGAGGAAGCUUAUUUGAAUAAGUAUAGAAGAUCAAAGUCCAAAGAAAGGUCAUCUUUUAGAGAACCCGAUGAUUAUCGUUCUUGGGAAUUUAUUAAUAAGGAACGUUCGGCAUCCAUCGGUCCAGACUCAAGGCGAUUCUUAAAUGAAUCAGAGGAAUACGUUUCGAGAGCUUCACGACGUUCCGUACCAAAGUCUAUGGAUUCAAGGAGAAUAUUUUCUUCGGGAAGCGAAGAUGAAACGUCUGUUCAACGUAGAUCGAAAUACGACCGAAGAUAUCCUUCGGUAGAACCGAAAGUUAGCGAUGAAGAAGAAUGGGAAGAAGAGUUGAGGAUACGAAGGCGUCAAUUCAUGGAGAAGCUCGCUAGCCAACGAAGUGGUUCAGCGGAAGAAGAAGAUAUAACGUCCUUGAGACGAAGAUCUUCUGCCGAAGGAAGAAUAGCUUUGUUGAAAGAUCCUUCGGAUAACGAAAAUAUGGACGCUUGGACUGUGAGUGUUGGUCCUCGUAUCGCUCAACUUGGAUCCUCUCAGGAACGUAGCGAACCUGAAGACGAUCCCUCUUAUCUUCAACGUCGUGAAUAUCGCGAAAAAGCACCACCGUUUAGAGAAAAUCCUUAUAGCGAGGCAAAAGAUACCUCCAUAACAGAUGACAAAGAUGUUACCAGUUUCAACUUCGUUCUUACGAAGGACAGCAGAAGAAAAUCGGUUCAAGAUCUUACAAAAUUGGAUGAUUCAGAUUUAACGGAGUCUGGAUGGAGUCUUGUUAAAGAGGAAGGUAUCGAAAUGUUACCGAAAUCGUCCUUGGGAUUGUACAAACGAGAAUCUAUUAUCAAGAGUCAGGCAAGCGAAGAAGAUCCAGAAUAUUAUCUUCCAGAGAGACCGAAACUUGUACAGCAAGAGCAGGAACAUCCGUUCAAGAAAGCAUGGCAGAUGCAAAAAUCUCGAUCAGAGGAGGAUGCUUUGGCAUACAUAGUAAAGGAUAAAAAGUUGGUACAAUCUGAAACAAAAAAAGAUGAUGAUUCUUCGACAAGCAAACAAGAUACAAGCGGUGAAAAGUCUGAAGAGUUUCAAGAUAUGGUUACUGAAGAAACUGACACAUUAUCGGUUUGGCACGACAGAAGUACAGAUACAGAAGAUAAUCAACAAAGCUCAAAAUCUGAGAUCGAGUCAGAUAUCGAUUCAAUUUCGGUAAGACAAUCGCCUAAUACCGAUGUCGACGACAGUGGGCCCUGUUCUGUUUCCGAAACUGAUUUAGAUACUUCUCGAUUCGUUUGGCCAACCGAGGACGAACAAUUCGAGAUGUACAAGACGGGACCAAGAAGAAAAUCUAUGGAAACUAAUUGGGAUUGGGAAGAGGAAGAAACAUGACGAGAAGAUAAUCGCAGGAUUGUGCAAGAAUGAUUAAGCAAUCUUCAAGGACGAUCAGAAACGAGGAAAAAUUUUGAAUCAUUGAUUAUAAACAGAGCGAACGCAUUUCUGCGAAUGCCUGUUUAACGGUGAUCGUAUAUGCACAUAUAAAUAAAUAAAGAUGGCUUUGAUAUUGA